AUGACUUCGCUUGAGCUGGAAAACCACCGUCUUUCAGAUGCACUUCACACCUCAUUACCUUCGGAACUGUGGUUGGCUAUUUUAAAGAACUUAAAUCCUGUUUCCGACGAUCUCUUAUCUCUAAGUUUAGUAUGUAAGAAGUGGCGAGAACUUAUCUUUUCAAACCCCGAUCCUGCUCUUUGGCAAAACAUUACAUUGACGAAUUUCAGAAACUGCAGCUACGAGAACUUAACCCUCGUGAGGUUCCGAAAUAUUCUUAAAAGAUUUGGGUAUCUUUUGAAAGUCAUUCGACUACAGAAAUGCCACGAAUUGUUCACUGAGAUGCUGCUCGUUCAUGUUUCUUCCCUGACAGCUUUGACGAGCCUUGAAAUAACUGGAAUGAUAUGGUCGAAAAAGCUACUCAGAAUGUUAAGAUGUCCAAAAUCCCUCAGGAAUGUAUUUUUGGAGGCCUCCUUAACAUCAGAUGGGCUCUUCAACCAUGAUGAUUUGCAGUACACAGUAGAAAAUUUUCCACAAGUGAAAAAAAUCGGCUUGCAAUUUUCAGUUAUCAAGGCAGAUUCUGUAGCCACAAUUAAAGGUGUUGUGUCUUCCAAGUACAGUCACCACAUAACUUGUCUUUUGCUAGAAAGGGUAAAAAUGGAGUGUACCGAUCUGCAAGAUGCGGUGAAGAAAUUAAAAGGACUGAGAAAAUUUGGUUAUGGCAAUGAUCAAAUUUAUGGUCUUCCAUCUCGGCAUCUUCUGCAGUUAAACUCUAAAUCAUUGCAGGAAGUUGAGCUUUUCCAAGUAGGGGAUUUUGCAAAGUUUCAUCUUGUAUUUCCAUGCCUGAAAAAACUAACCAUGAAUGCAUGCACAUCUGUUGGGGAACUGAACAUUGAGGCACCAGGGUUAAGAACUCUGCAUCUCUCACUAUGUGUCGAAGUGCACAACUUCAGAGGAAUUUCAGCAAGCUUCUUGCAUGAGAUGAAAGUCAGAAGAUGCCAUGCACUCAUCCAGGCUGAACUUAUUGGUCUCUUGAUAAAAAAUCCAGAUAUCAAGGUGUUAGAGCUUGAGGUGUACUGGCCAACUUUACGACUUGAUCAAAUUUCUACUCCAUCACUUGAAAACAUUACUAUAUUUGACAAUGGUGAGCGUUUGACAUCUGUUGAUGUCCGUUGUCCCAAACUUCAACAGCUCAUUAUCAAGAAGUCAAUGACAAGAUCAACCAUCUUGAAAGCAGUGUCGAUAUUGUCGCACAAUGUCAAAAAGAUUGUCCUAAAUGAUGUACCCUACCUUCAGAAAGUCAGCAUUGAUGCUGAUACAGUCAAACAUUUAGAAGUAAACUUUGAAAGAAGGUUAGACCAUGUGAAACCACCAAAAUUCACAAAGCUGCACUUCAGGAAUAAAUCACAUCCAGUGAAAAUUGGCCAUUUGAUUUUAAAGCGAUGCAAUCUCAAUGCAAUUCUCUUUACCAGUUGCAAUGCAAGUCACAUAUCUCUGGAAUACUGCAACCUUGAUUGCCCAAUAGGUGACAUGAUCCAGCAGUGCGGCUUGGUGGAGUCUCUGACUUUGAAGAACUGUUAUGGCCCAUGUCAACUCAAUCUGAGUGGUGCACACUUAAGGGAGGUUCACAUUGUAUCCUGUACAUCACUUCUUAUGGACCACAUUAAUUUAUCAUGUCCAUCUCUUGUGGCAUUAAAUGUUUCUGGUCUGUCCUUCUUACCUAGUCAAGAAGAAGUUGACCUUAUUGCUGGUAAUGUCAGAGAGAUUUCUCCUUUUCUUGGAUCUGUUAAAUUUUCUCACUAA